AGAGUGAGUUGCAAGACAGAAGCAAAGAAUCCUCGGCUAGCCUCUCUUCUCUCAGUCUCCUGGUCAUUUGGCAUCCCUGAUAUGACCCUGUUCAGCCCAAGAUACAUGAGCAUGAGUGGAGAGUUGAAGUCCAGCCGCUCCAGGGCAGCCAGUAAGAGGGCCAGCAACACCACUUACGGAUCUGAGUUCGACCUGGACUAUGACAGCUACCACGAGGACUACUAUGACAGGGUGUAUGACUACCAGCGUGUGCCAGCAUCCCUGUCUCCCCUGCCUCCCCUGGGACCCAGUCUGGCCAAGCGAUCCCGUUCCUCCUCCUACUCCACCGGGCACAGACGCAGCCGAGACAGAACCCACUCCAAAAGCUCCAGAGCCCACUCCACUAGUUCAUCCACAGCCAAGUUGGGCAUGGAGGAGUUGCAGGUGAUUAAAAAGGAGCUGACUCUGAUAAAGACACAGAUCGAUGGGCUGCUUGACAGUCUUGACAGGAUGGACACACAGCGGAAUGACCACAAAGGAUCCCCCCUGAGAGAGGACAGUCCAGCUGGCUCACCGUACGCUCUGUCUGCCAGCAGCCCCGAGCACUGCCUCUCCUCCCUCUCUCCUCCCAGCUCCCGCCAUCGAAUCCACAGGGAGAGCCCUGACCUGAGGGAGCCUGAGGAUGACCACCACACGAUGAGCAACCACAGCUCUGACCCUGAGGAGGAAAUAUGAGGGAUGAAAAUGAGAAGACGUAGACGACGUGAAGUGCCAAACAUGGAGGAAGAGAACAACAACCACCAAGCCAACUCAUAUCAGAGGCUCAACUUCCCUCCAGCAGGAUGUACAUAUCAGAUAACACAAUACAUUUAAUUGUAUCACAGCAGCUCUGCUCGAUUUCUGUGACCAUUCCUUCAAGUAAAACAGAAACACGGACACAGGUGACGUGCACAAACCAAGUGCGUGCACAUCUGAUUGAGAAGAGUUUUAUUAUGUUGGACUGAGGGAGUGAGAGGGAUCUUAUCCACACAGUAAUUACAAAGGACACCCGGAAGCACAGUGGUAAAUUAAACUUAUUAUAAUCCUGCCUACUCAGUGGGUUUGCAUGAACACCAAUGUUCCACUAUUAAUCCAAAAGAGACAAUAGAGCUCUCUGAUUAAAACAUGAUGGAAGCAGCUUGCCAGUUUAUCUUUUUCAAAUUAGAAGCCUUCCACAGAAACAGGCAGCAUAUGUCAGUGUCAGACUGUACAAAUAGUAAUAAUUUAUGUGUAGCUGGAGGUGCCCCAAUGUUUCCACUGCUUCACCAGUUUCUCCCAAGAAAAAACAUGAAAUGAUACAACAAUUAAAGGAAAUUUGGAUUUUUGUUUAUGAAGGACCUUUAAUUAGAUAAUUUACAAACAGUAUAGAACCAGGAACAUUAAUGAAGCCAUAAACCCUGCAAAAGCCUACUUAAUUAUUAACAUUUUCAAAAUGAGGAUAUAACUAGAAUGUUGUGCAUGAACUGUGAAAUGGAAAAUCCCCUCUGCGGAUCUCAAAGCAUUUUCAAAGCUAAAGAAAUCUGUACACUCUCUAAUUUGCCCUCAAGAGGGCUAUUUGUUGACGCUCAUCUCACUUUUUUCUCUUUACUGUAUACUUCUAAGAUAUCAGAAAUUUGCUAUUCAAAGUGAAUCACAGUAGUCCUUCAGAGACCGAAUAGUCGCAGUGAUUCAGGAGAGAAACUGCUCCAAAGUAUCAGUGCGCUGCUUCUCUGGGUGUGACUCUCUGAAAGACAUGUUAUAAGGGUGACCCUGUUAUGUUCCAUUGUGUUAUCUCUACUUCAAAUGUAUGAGAGGAAUGUUCAACUCUCUUCCACCAUGCAUUUGGCACUGUGAGGCGUGCAAAGGCCCAGGUCAGGGUGUAAUAUUGUGUAUUACUGUAAACUUUACUGUAAUUGUUGAACUGUCUGAUUUUAA